CCGGCUCAGGGAUGCUUUCGUUGCCAUGGCAACCGCCGGGCCGGCGCGGGCCCGAGUGCGGCUGAGGAAGCUGGGACAAACCCUGCCCUUCCCAAGAUGGCGGCGGCGGCAGGGCAAAGGGCGGGGUUAGACGCUGUCGGCCUGUCCAGACCGUUCCUCUGUUUUCUCUUGUUCCUACUAACGGCGAGCUUCCGCCAAUACUUGUUCUUGUUCUUGGUUCCGAGCGUCCCGGGAGCCGGGAAGGGAAGGAUUGUCUGCAGGGAUUGGAGCAAAUAUCUAGUGGGGGGGAAAGGCGGGACUUCCGCGUCCUGCCGGAAGUGACGUGACAAUCGCGGCCACCGCCAGGUGGAACGGCAGGUGGGUUCAGGUACCAGCCUGGCCCGGACCCGGCUGUGGGACCAACGCUUCCGUUCCCCAUUCCCCUACCGAGCUGGGCAGUUAGCCAGCCCACUCCAACUCUCGGAACCAUGUUUGCAGACUUGGAUUAUGACAUCGAAGAGGAUAAACUUGGAAUCCCGACUGUGCCUGGGAAGGUGACCCUGCAGAAGGAUGCUCAGAACCUGAUCGGGAUCAGCAUUGGAGGAGGGGCCCAGUACUGUCCCUGCCUCUAUAUCGUCCAGGUAUUUGACAACACCCCAGCAGCCUUGGAUGGCACAGUGGCAGCUGGCGAUGAGAUCACCGGUGUCAAUGGCAGGUCAAUCAAAGGGAAAACUAAGGUGGAGGUGGCGAAGAUGAUUCAGGAGGUGAAGGGGGAGGUGACCAUCCACUACAACAAGCUGCAGGCGGACCCCAAGCAGGGCAUGUCCCUGGACAUUGUGUUGAAGAAAGUCAAGCACCGGCUGGUGGAGAACAUGAGUUCAGGGACCGCAGAUGCUCUGGGCCUGAGCCGGGCCAUCCUGUGCAAUGAUGGGCUUGUCAAGAGGCUAGAGGAGCUGGAGCGGACCGCUGAGCUGUACAAAGGGAUGACGGAACACACCAAGAACCUCCUACGGGCCUUUUAUGAGCUGUCGCAGACUCACCGAGCCUUUGGGGACGUGUUCUCUGUGAUCGGGGUGCGGGAGCCCCAGCCAGCUGCGAGCGAGGCUUUUGUGAAGUUCGCCGAUGCCCACCGCAGCAUCGAGAAGUUCGGCAUUCGGCUUCUGAAAACCAUCAAGCCGAUGCUGACAGAUCUGAACACGUAUCUCAACAAAGCCAUCCCGGACACUCGCCUCACCAUCAAGAAGUACCUGGACGUGAAGUUUGAGUACCUGUCGUACUGCCUGAAGGUGAAGGAGAUGGAUGACGAGGAAUACAGCUGCAUUGCCCUAGGCGAGCCCCUUUACCGGGUGAGCACCGGCAACUAUGAGUACCGCCUGAUCCUGCGCUGCCGCCAGGAGGCGCGCGCCCGCUUCUCCCAGAUGCGCAAGGAUGUGCUGGAGAAGAUGGAGCUGCUGGACCAGAAGCACGUCCAGGACAUCGUGUUCCAGCUGCAGCGCCUCGUGUCCACCAUGUCCAAGUACUACAACGACUGCUACGCAGUGCUGCGGGAUGCCGACGUCUUCCCCAUCGAGGUAGACCUGGCGCACACCACACUGGCCUAUGGCCUCAACCAGGAGGAGUUCACAGAUGGGGAGGAGGAGGAGGAGGAGGAAGACACGGCAGCUGGGGAGCCGGCCAGGGAUACACGAGGGGCUGCUGGGCCAUUGGACAAGGGUGGAAGCUGGUGUGACUCCUGAGUGCCCCGCGGGUGUGGUGCCCGGGGCAGGGUGCAUGAGAGGACGGAGCCUGGGAUCGGGGCGGGGCGGGGCCGCCGCGCAAGGGGGCGACACAUAAAGGCCUGCUGGCUUGGGGCGCCUGCCUCCCUGCUCCUCUGUCCUCGCACAGUGAACCUGGGCUCCUGCCCAGGACAGGCACCAGGGUCAUGGCCUGGGACCUGGACACUGGCCCCUCCACCCUCCCUCCCCUCCCGGCUCCCUGGCCAGAGGGAGAGCUUGGUCUCUGGACCUGCCUUAGGAAGGAGAGGGAGGGCAGGAAGGAAAAGAAAGGACUUGGAUGUGGCAGUCGUCUGGGCCCUGCUCCUUGUGGGCACUCACACUGCCCCCGGAGCCUGCCGGGAGUGGGGCCGGCGGUAGACAGCUGAGGUUGGGGCCAAUGUCUCCUGGGCACCCUUGCCUCGCCCCAGACUGGCCCAUCCAGUCCCCAUCACACCUCGGCGGCCUUUAUUUAUUCUGUUCCCCCAGCUCGGCCACUUCUCUGAAGGAGGGCUGGGUUCUGGGCCUGUAUCGAAUAAACACAAACCUGGAUGGCGCA